AUGCCUUCCCUCCAGCUAAAAUUUCCGUCCAGGACGGACCACACUGCAGUAGAGGCUGGUCUCAGCUAUAACUGGUGUGGCAAGACUGCUCAAGCAAUCUCUGUCUGGGAAGUAUUACGCGGCAAGGAUGGCUUGCUUCAACACUUUCCGUCUAGGAAGGAUUACACUGCAGUGAAGGCUUACCUCUGGAGUGCAACAGAGAUGCAUAAUCGAAAAAUCCGUCCAGGACGGAACACACUGCAGUGA